AUGUCUAAGGUCACUGGGGCAAUUGCCAAAACGGCAGCUACUAGGCCUAUCCACUUUCUUGUCGUUCCCGCGUUACUUGCCUCGAUUGCGUACUUGUCAAUUGUCGACGAAUAUUUGCCGCAGAGCGAUGGUAUCACCUACUAUCACUCCGCAAGCCCGUCGCAGGACUGGGUACCAAUUGAAAAAGAGAUUGAGGAACCGCAGGCACAGCAUAUAACGGUGGUGCCUAUAAGGUUCAGGAGCUUCCACACGGUGCCAAAAGUGCCCAACUCUAUAUACCAGGAGGGCAAUGAGCAGAUACUUGUGGUUGAUGGGGACGAUUUAAACACCAUCACCAUUGAUGGUGAGACUUGGAAGAUGACUGGUGGGCACAUGAAGUACUAUGACUACAUCAGGCGCGGGUUUUACAAAGUGCAAGAGUCGAUCAAAAAGGCGGACAACUUUGACAUUAUGUUGAUCAUUGUUGCCUACAUCGCCAUGUGGUACACCUUGAUCAAGGUGUUUAUUGAUAUGAGACAACUCGGGUCGAAAUUCUGGCUUGCAUUCUCGACGUUGGUCUCGUCGACGUUUGCGUUCUUGUUUGCGUUGCUCUUGUCGAAUAAGCUUGGUCUAAAAGUCUCGUUAUUGAGUUUGUCAGAGGGUAUUCCAUUUUUGGUGGCCGUGAUUGGGUUCAAGCACAAGGUUUCCAUUGCAACAAUUGUGCUGAGAGCUUCAACGGUCUCUCCCGAGGAUGUGCCAAACAUUGUCUCGCAAGCCAUCUCGUCGCACACAUUGAGCAUGUUUAGAGACCACGUUGUUGUGAUUGCAGCAUUAGGCGCAUGUGCCGCGUACGCGAGCCACCUUACAAGCUUGAGAAACUUUUGCAUCCUCGGCGCUUUUAUCUUGUCAUUUGACUUGAUUUUGGUUCACACUUUUUUCGCAGCCAUCUUGGGAUUGAAGAUUGAAAUCAACCGCGCAAGAAGAACCGAAGACUUGAAAGCCGCUUUGGAAGAGGAAGGCGUUUCCGCGCUCGUUGCUGCCAAGGUCGCAGAACAGUCAUCGGCGAUUGAGCACCCCAACGAAAAGAAUUUCUUUUCUGACUAUUCAAUCUUGUCGUUCAAAGUUGUCAUGUGCGUGGGUUUCAUUGCUUUCCACGUCUUUUGGCUCGGAAGAUCUUGGUUGGAGGGAAAUUUCACCACCACUGAUGUUCUUUUGCAAAAAGUGCCAGUUGGCCGCCAUGGUACAGUUUUGACGGUUUUACCAACGAGAUUCUACGUUCAUGGCUUUUCCUCACAGGUGGAGGAUUUCAUCUACGUGAUUCUCAAAAAAGUCAGCGACGCCAUCAAGGAUAGUUUGAUUUCAAAGUUUCUCCUUUUCGGAUUCGGUGUCUCCAUUGUUUCAAACAUUUACUUUCUCAAUGCAUCUAGAUAUCAAGUCACUGCCACGCAAAAGCUCCUUGCCAAUGAAAAAUCGAAAACCAAUCUCAAACAAGAACAAUCACAACCAGCUGCUGGUGCCGGUGCUGCUGGUGCUGGUGCUGGUGCCGGUGCUGGUGCUACUGCCUCCUCUGACUCCUCCUCGGCCAAAUCUAAAACGGUGCCGAAAAAACAUACCAACGGUGUGCCAAACGGGAAAGUCGCCGUUCUUGAUGACGACGAAUUGUCGUCUCUUGUCGUUAGUGGCAAAUUGCCCCUUUACGCGUUGGAAAAACACUUGGCCAAUAACCAUAGGGCGGUUGCUGUUCGUCGUAAAGCCAUUUCCAAGUUGGCUGAUUCCCCACUCGACAGACUCCCUUACUUGUCCUAUGACUACGACAAAGUGUUUGGCGCUUGUUGCGAGAAUGUUGUCGGUUUCAUGCCUCUCCCCGUUGGUGUCGCGGGACCUUUGAUUGUUGAUGGCAAAGAAUACUAUAUCCCAAUGGCCACAACUGAAGGUUGCUUAGUUGCCUCGACGAUGCGAGGAUGCAAGGCCAUCAAUUCCGGCGGCGGAGUCCUGACGGUAUUGACGAGAGACGGAAUGACGCGUGGUCCCUGUGUCAAGUUUUCCACGUUAAAGAGAGCCGGUGAGGCCAAGAUCUGGAUCGACUCCGAUGCAGGACAGGAAGAGAUGAAAAAGGCCUUCAACUCCACCAGUAGGUUUGCCCGGUUACAGCAUAUCCAAACCCAGCUCGCGGGUACUCUCUUGUUCAUAAGAUUCAGGACCACCACUGGUGACGCCAUGGGGAUGAACAUGAUCAGUAAAGGUGUCGAGUACUGCUUGAAAUACAUGGUGGAGAAACUAGGCUUUGAAGACAUGCGCGUGAUAUCCGUUAGUGGGAACUACUGCAGUGACAAGAAACCAGCUGCCAUCAACUGGAUCAAUGGCCGUGGUAAGCUGGUGGUUGCAGAAGCCAGAAUAAGCGGCGAGGUUGUGGAAAAAGUGUUAAAGUCCAACGUGGAUGCACUCAUCGAGUUGAAUGUGCUGAAGAACUUGAUAGGUUCAGCGAUGGCAGGGUCUAUUGGAGGUUUUAACGCGCACGCCGCCAACUUGGUGGCUGCCGUGUUUCUUGCUUGUGGGCAGGAUCCUGCCCAGACAGUCGAAUCGGCCAACUGUAUCACUUUGAUGGACAAGGGAAGCAACGGCGAGUUGAUAAUCUCGGUGUCGAUGCCCUCGAUCGAAGUGGGAACCAUUGGCGGAGGCACUAUUUUGGAUCCUCAGGGCGCGAUGUUGGAACUCCUUGGAGUCAGGGGUCCUCAUCCUUCCCAACCCGGUGCCAAUGCCCAACAAUUGGCUAAAAUUGUAGCUAGUGCUGUCUUGGCUGCCGAGCUCUCACUAGCCUCGGCUUUAGCGGCUGGUCAUCUUGUCCAAUCCCACAUGCAGCAUAAUCGUGCUGCUGCUGCUGCCCCAGCUGCUGCCCCAGCUGCUCCAGUUGGAAGUUGUAUCAAAUCUUAA